AUGGAGGAGCAAGGCCUUGUGUAUGCCGGCGAGCACAUCACGUGGGAGCACUGCGGCGACCUUGACGGGCGUCCACUUGAGUGCAGCACGAUCCAUGUGCCGAUGGAUCAGUUUGAUGCGAGCAACUCAGGUGGAAAGACGUUCAGCAUUCCGCUCAUCCGCCAACGCGGUCGUGGCAUUAGCGGUGAUGCCCGCGCUGAUUUGCCAAACCUGCUUCUGAACCCUGGCGGACCCGGUGGCAGUGGCAUUAACUUCAUGUACCGCCGUGGGGCGCUCCUGCGCGCUGUUGUGGGGGAGGGCGUGCACCUGCUCUCAUUCGACCCGCGGGGCGUCAAUGGCUCGCGGCCCAGGGCCUCGUGCUACCCCGAUGUAGAGACACGGAGGCAGCGGGCGAUUGUGCGCAGUAGUCGCGUUAUUGAGGACAGCACCGAGGCGUACGCGUGGUCCUAUAACUAUGUGCGCGCGUGUGCCGACACGAUGGGCGAGCAUGGGCUGUAUCUCAACACGCCACAAACGGCGGCCGAUAUGAACAGCAUCCUCGAUGCCGUUGGCCAGGACGCCAUGGUAUACUGGGGCUUCAGCUACGGCACGCUGCUCGGCCAGACCUAUGCGACAUUGUUCCCAGAGCGUGCGCAGCGCGUCAUCAUCGAUGGUGUUGCCAACCAGUUCGACUGGUACGAAGGCCUUCUCGAUGCUGAGGUCUUUGCAGACACGGAAAACGUGUGGGACGGCUUUCUAGAUGAAUGCGUUAAAGCGGGCAAGGAACGCUGCGCCCUGGUGGCCCUGAUAGCUGCAUCGCCGGCACAUCAAGCUACGGGCGGCAAGGAGAUACUGAGAGAACGGCUGGCCGCUCUCGGGACGCAGCUACAAGCCAGUCCAUCCAGCAUCUAUGUCAACAACACCGUCUAUGGUGCUCUGAGCUACGAAACAAUAUGGUACAAGGCCAUAUUCAUGGCACUCUACAAACCGGCUACCUGGCACGCUUUGGCUGACGCUCUAGCCAAGAUGAUUGAGGGCAACGCGACGGCCGCCCUGCUAGCAUACGGCUUGGACGAGCCCUGGGGUGAGACAGGUGACGAUCUGGUGAAUUUCGUAACCUACAACGACGGCGCCUCGGGUGCUUCCUACUGGCAGCAGGACAGGCAGUGGCUCCUCGAGCUGCUCGUCCCGUACAUGAACGAGAGCGUCUUUACGCCGUCGGAGUAUGGCGGUUAUUACAUAAAGCAGCAGUGGCAUAUUCCACGCACACACUCAUACGUCCCAAGAACAGGUGUGCAGACAGCGCACCCGCUGCUCCUCCUGUCAACUACUUUUGACCCCGUGUGUCCGCUGGUGUCGGCCCGUUCGGCCCAAGCGGCCUUCGAAGGCUCGCAGAUUGUCGAAGUGCUGGGCUAUGGGCACUGCUCUGUGGCAAUGCCUUCUAUGUGUCUAGCGAGACAUGUGCGUGCCUUUCUGUAUAACGGGACGCUGCCAGAUACGUAUACACAGUGUGAGGUAGACGGACCAUACUUUGUCAGGCCAGAAGCCAGCGGCAAGGUCGUGGCACAGCGACACUUCGACGACCCAACGGAAUCGAGUAUACAUUUGGCACAGCUUGAACUUGCCAGGGACUGGGUGUGGCGAUGA